AAAAUUGAUUUGCCUCCCUGGUAUGUAACAACAAAUUGAUUUCAUUACUAUGUAACUAACAAUAAGAUUAAAAAAUGAUGUAUUCUAUACAAAAUCGUUGAAUGAGUUUAGUCACGUAACUUAUAAGGUCUUGGUACAAGUUAGUACGACCACCUCUAUAAAUAAUAAACGCAACUGUAAAACAACAUCGACUAAGAAUCGAUUAUAACGUGUCUACCAAGGUCGCUGCGAAGAAAUAGUCACAAACAUCAAACGCGGUUUUAGUCGGUUUCCAAUGGUGUUGUGCAAUAUGAAUACGUAUGCCGUUUACGACGCAAAACAGGUUCAACGAAAUCUUGGUUGGAAAGCUGCCAUCUAUAAAUCGAGCGUAGAAUCCUACAUAAGCAUUUAUCGCCAUAACAACCACCCAGUAAUACAAACAUGAAUGUAUCUUUUGUCGACAUUUGCACACAGCCUUCUUUAGAUACUUCAAUAUGUGCUAAAAUAAAUACUUCUUGAAGCGAUGAGCAAAAGUGAAUUAACUGUUUCAAGAUGGCUGGAAGCUCAUCUCGACAGAAGCGCGGGUUUAACAACUCUACCAAGAAGUCUUGUUUUGGCCGAUGUGACCGGUGAUGGCGACCAUAAGCUAGUUCUUACAGAUUUAAAGUUUGCAUCAAAUGAAAGAAGUCGACUCAAGGUGUAUAAAGGAACACUUUUGACCACUGACCAAACUUUACCUGAAACCCCAUCCUCGCUAAUAACUUUUUACACAAAUUCUUAUGAUUCAAAAAUUCCUGCGAUUGCUGUUGCUUGUGGUACAGAAUUAUUAAUCUACAAAAACAACAAACCUUACUUUAAAUUCACUGUCGUGCCCUUACCCUUUUCAGCGUUAGAACAAGCUGUUUGGAAAAAAUUAAGCGAUGAAUCGAAUCGUGAUGUUAGUUCUGCUUUAAGCGAUCUUAAAAGCGUUCCUUUCCAUACUUUAUCAUCAAGAUCCCAAAAUCUACUUUCAUUGGAGGUAAAUGAAAUUUCUGAAUAUAUCAAUAAAUAUUCUACAUCAGAACCGAAAAAGUUCUCCCCCAUCACUUGUAUGACCACGCUAAAUAGAAGCACACAAGAUAAGGAUGCUCCAGCUUGUCCAAUUUUAGCUACAGAGGCUGGACAAGUUUUUAUUUUAGAUCCACAAACUUUUGCACCUUUACAUCAAGCAGUUGCAUCUUCUAAUAAAACCACCCCAUACAUAAUCCAAACAAUUGGUGUGUACGACGUUGAAUUUCGAAUAACAAUUGCAAGCAGAGAAGGUUAUGUAACUUUACUUCGAAGAGGUUGGCUUGAAGGAAAAACUCUGUUUCAAACCACCCCAAAUAUUGUUGAUAUGGCAUUAAUUCCUGGUGAUGGAUUCAUUAUGAUUGCAACAACAGAAAAGUUAUUGCAAUGUUAUACAAAAAGAGGUAGCAAAGUGUGGAAUUUAAAGACAAAAUAUGAAAUAACUUGUUUAUGCGUAAUUCCUUUGAGUUAUAUAAACACUUCCUUGUUGGCGGUUGGGUUUCGCGGCGGUAGUAUUCAUUUAUACCAAGGAAGAACUUUAAUGGACGUCAUUAUUGGACCGGAUACACCUUCUGCAAUUAUUUUUGGACAGUUAGGUCAAGAGGAACACGUUAUGGUCAUUGUUACAAUGAGUGGUGCAUUAAAUUUAAAAAUAUUAAAAAGAACAGCAGAUUUUAACUUAAAUAAAGAGGACUCUAUGUCGGCUCCUAUUCAACAAGCCAAACCUCUUCCACUACCAAAAAGAAGUAAAUUAUUUUUAGAACAAAGUAUGAGAGAAAGACAAAAUCCGAUUGAUAUGCAUCAAAAUUUUCAAAAAGACCUUAUUCGUUUAAGGUUAUUGGCAGCAAGAGCAAUGGUUCAAGCUCAAUCAAACCAAACAGGUGUAGGAAAUGAAAAAGAACUUCUAAAAUUAUCAGCUCAAGUUUUAGGACUUGGACCAAAGUUUACUUUAAAUUUAACGUUGGAAAACAUAAACAUUGAGCGAGCAUUGAUCGGAUUAAACAUAAUUUUGCAUUGCAAUCCGACGAUUUACAAACUGUCGUGUUAUCUAAUCAAAGUACCUUUGAUACCACCAAAUUUAUCGUAUAAGAUUGAGGUAAAAGUGCAAGAAAGAGAUUUAGAAAACGUCGUUGAAGAAAAUGAUGGUGCAACGGAAAAUGUUAAAAUUAUUAGAGUCUUUGCUAGUAAAAAUGGGGAAAAUCGACCUGUGCUAGCUGCUAUUAUUACUAUGCCACCAAGUGAAGUUUCGACAUUAUUAUAAAUAAAUAAAAUGAAUUGAUUAAUAAUAU